UUUGCCUUCCACCCUAUGCUUCCACCCUUCCCGGUGACUUGCCGCUCCGUGCCGCUCCGUAUCAGGGACGUCGCUGCAGCGGUUGCUAGCCGACAGGCUGCCGCUGCUCUCCGGCUGGCAUGUGACUGAGGUGCAGCAGAUAGAACCAGAACUGACUCCAGAUCUCAUCCAUCUGUUCCGGAUUGAAGCAUGGAAAUCGGCUGUGACUCGACAACCACCCAGAGUCAACGCAGGCCUGUAGCUGCUCCCCUGAAUCUCCAGCCCCUCCACCCAGACUUGUUAUAGGAUGGAGGACUCUGAAACAGAGCUGGUGGUUUCGGAGUCGGACGCCCUGGGUGCAGACUUCAUCACUGUGGAGUUGGACACCCAGCCCAUUGAGUACGUGGUGAAGUGGGCUGAGGUCGGCUCCAAGUUCACCAUCUCCUGUGUGAAGAAGGACUCUGAUGAUCCAUCAGACCUGACUGCUGAACAUCUUAAGAUUGAGACGGAUGAAGCCUUCUUCGCUCCAUAUGAGGAGGUGUACCCCUGUGAGGUGACAGAGCAGAGUGUGGAGAUAAAGACAGACUCAGAUGAAGAUGAGGAGGACACCGAAGAGGAGCAGGAGGUGCUUGUGGAGGCGGGGAGCAGCCGGCUUGAUGGCGAGUUGGACUCGGACCAGGCCGACUUUGAGCCGGAUGAGCGACAGUACCGCUGCAGCUACUGUGGGAAGUGUUACAGUCACGCCUCAAGCCUGUACCGCCACCAGCAGACCCACACUGGGAAGAGCACUGGACCAGCGCCCCCGACCAAACGGGCACUAGAGCCGACACACCAGGAUUCACGUUACACCUGUCCUCAUUGUGGGAUGAGCUUCAAAGGAAGCAGGAUGUUGGGGAGUCACCUGCGACUGCAUGGGAAGCGGCGGAUCCACCCCUGCAACAUCUGUGGAAAGGAGUUUAACCACAGCUCAAGCUUGUCACGCCACCGCCUCAUCCACAAGAAAGGAAAAGGCCUCCCCAAGGAUGUCUCCAUUGGGCCCAACAUGGCCUCACUGCGCCACUCUAUGAAAGCUGGGGUCAGGAAGACCAAGAGGCAGCAUCAGAGGCAGCAGCAUGUGGCGACCGCCAUCAUCCAGAGUCAGGGCGGAGAUAAGUUCUACGCUUGCCCCCAGUGUGACAUGAGCUUCAGAACAUCCACGCAGCUGUCCAAACACCAGGUGACCCACGUUAAGGAGCUGCUGGACAACUACACGCCUGGCAAGGAGAACCUCGGUGAGAGCUCUUCCGACCUCAAGAUCCGCCUCAAGCUCUGCUCCCGCGACAAGCCCAACUUCUACACCCUCUGCAAGAAGAAUCGUCGCCGUCGGGGGGGCAGGGCGAGCAAACGGGGCCCUGCUAUUUCUGAGGGGGAGGAGAGGGUUGUAGGAGGAGGUGGAACAGGUCGCCACUGCUGCAGCCAGUGCGGGAAGCGGUUCAGCCACGCCUCCAGCCUAGCGCGACAUCAUCAGACCCACAGGGUGGAUGGCAUUGGAGGGGGGAAGCUGCAGCAGCACCACAAACAGCUUCAAGUCAAGUCUGGGCUUCCCACUGCCAAGACUAAGACCUACACCUGUGCCGCCUGCAACAAGACCUUCAUGCACUCAUCCAGCUUCUCCCCGCCACAAGAAGGCUCAUCUGGAGGAAGAGCAGAGGGCUCGGGCUGCGGCUGUAAAGCGCCGGAAGAGAGUGGUCUUAGACGAGACUGCUCCGCUGGAGUCCGACUCUGAGUGACAUCACCUGGUUCUGGACAAGGAUUGGCCCUGUUCUGGACCAUUUCUGGUUUGUUCUGAAUCAGCACUGACUGGUUCUGGACUCGUUUGGGAGCAGUUCUGGUAGAGUUUAAGUUUGAGAAGGUUCUGGGCAAGUUCUCCACCAGUUUUGGACCAGUUUGGAAUAGAUUCUGGGAUGCUCAUGGCAGUUUGUUUAGCUAGGUUUCUGUGACUGAAACUGGUUGAUUCUUCGCUUGUGUAGAUAUCAGCAGGACAUCCAUAUAUGGUCAUAUGGCGAAGGGAUCUCCAUAUAAGGUCAUAUUCAUACAAGGCCAUUACUGACCAUUCAAUAAUUGCUCUAAAGGAUGGGCUCGAUUUAAGUGUUAACCCCCUGCCCUGCCCUGCCCUGCUCCCCCCCCAUGACUUUUAGGUUGCACACAGACCUGUUUGCUUUCAUUCUUCCCCUCUCUACACUCCAUUUCCCAUCAGCCAGCAUGGGGGAGAGCUCGGAGCUUCUGUGUAUCAGAGUCAACCUUUUAUCCACCUGCAAUCAGGUCCGUGACAUGUUAAUCCGGUUGCUGACAGUCAGAAGUCAGCACAAAAAGCAUUAUGGGAAAUGAAGUCUCCACAAAAAUAACAACAGUAAAACCUGUAGAUUGCGUUUAGAGUAGAAGUGAUGCCAAGAUCAGACUGAGGAAAGUCAGUUUGAAUUUUCCAAGAUGUUUAUUAGCAACAAAACUGCAGAAAGCUCCAAACUAAUGUUCAAAGCUUAUCACCAUCGUAGAAUGACGACCAAACAAGCCCUUAAAGAGAAAAACAUCAGAUGCCUCAAAGCAUUCAAAUCAAAGUGUUGCUCUCUCUAUGGAGCUUAGUGUUUCAGAGUACAGUCUCUCACUACAAUAAAUGUGUCAUCUUACAUAGAAGACACCAAUAAAUCUGAUAACUCAGUCAGAAUUAAGAUAUGUAUCUUAUCUGGAAAAUAACACCUCAUCAUUGUUUAAGGUUUAAUUUGUUGGUCUAAAACUUCAAGAUUACGAUCACCAAAUAAAAAAAAAGUUGAUUUUGAUUUAUUCUGCAUUACUUAGCUGAUUCCAUGUAAUCAAAUAGAACUGCUGGUAAUGUUUAAUUUGUCUUUAUUUUUUCAUCCCAAAACCAACAUCCAAGGUUGAUGGAUUAGCCAAAUUGUUUCAGAGACAUUUACAGGAGAUGGACUAAUCAAUCUGACCCUCAGACCCUCCCAGAUCUUUCUGCAUCGAUAGUAAUUCUAAAAAAUAUAAAUAAUAAUUUCAAAAGUUGGAGACACCUUUGUUGUUAGUAAACGUCUGUUCUGGUCUGAUCUGGUUCACGACCGAUUCUUCUCAGACCAGAGACGCCUCUGCUGGUCUUCAUGUAUGUGACUUCUCCAGUUCCUUUGUGGCUUUUUUUAAUAGAGUGAUUUUGAUUGGCUAAAGUUCUUUCUGAUGCACUGUUCUGAUUGGUUAAAAAUUUAUUAGUUUUGAUAUUUUGUAAGGUUGAAAAUGUGAAAUGUAAGCGGACGAGCUGAUUGGUUUGACCUGGCGUUUCUACACAUUAACAUUUGCAUGAAGACUAUAACCUGCAGCUAGUCAGCCAUAUUUAUAGUUUUUCCAGCUGUUUGGUUGAUGACUGAUCUGCAGCGUUUGACGUUUGGAUUUGUCACGUACCAACAGAUGGUUUUGUGGAGGUCAAAGAGAAACUGCACUUCUUAUUUAUGAAUUUGGAACAAUGUUGUAAUAUAUAAAUAUAAAUAGUAUUUAAAUGUGAUUGACCAGUUAAAUAAAGAAAACAAGAGAGCACCUAGUCAGGCUUAGCUGUCCUCGAUAUCGUAGCAGCACCACCACCAAUACCUUUAUCGUUCAACAUCCUCAUUGUCAACAACGCUUCAUUAUGUCACAAACAUCACACGAUGUGACAGCUCUUUUGCUGUCAAGCUUUUUUGUUGUUGUUGCACUUACUCAAACUAAAAAAACAUCUUAACAAAAAUUCAAAUUAAACCAUCUGUUCUUACAAAGUAGACUUUUUUUGGGGGGGUUGGGUGGUUGGGCUAAAUUAUUUAGACAUUUCUUAUUAUCAACAAUAAUAAUAAUUUAUUGAAUUCUAAGAGUUGAUGAAAAAACAACAAGCGGUUUCCAAAAACUAAAAGUGAGAUGUGACACAUUUUGUAGAUUAAAAACAAAUCUGGACUCGUCAGGCAUCCCGCUGGACCAACAUGGACACUUCAAAAACGUUAUCUCUAUCAGCUGUUUGACAAGUUUGCAGGCACAAACACUCAAAAGUUGUUUCUAAAAUGUUAAAUUUGUGAUAUAUUCGCCCUUAGGCAACAUGACAGUAAAAGUCUGGAUCUGUGGUGGGAACUGAAGGAUCUAUCCUGUGACUUGGACCAGCUUUAUUUCCUCUCAGUUGGAACAGAAUCAGCCAAAAUACGACCCCUCACGUUUUUUUCCUGCUUGUCAAAAUGUCUUAACAGCAGCAACGCUUUGAGUUUGUGAAUAACAUUUUACUGUGUGAAUUGGAUUUGACUUAAUUUAAUGUUACCUAUUUAUAAGUGUGUGUCCGCACUAUGAACCUCCUGAAAAAAUGAGAAACAAGUCCCUCCUCGUCCCUCCUGCUCUUCAUCCUUCCGGUUUGUGUUCUCUCAGUUUUGGGCCUUAAAGAUGCUGUUCUCCUCUUUUUGUCCACAGUUAUCUUUUUUGAUCCACGUUGUGUUGCUUUGUUUUCUGUUUGGUUUGUGGUUCCCGCAAAGCUUCACCCCCAGAUAGAAAGUUGUUCGUCAUUGUAUUGUGUUUGCCAAUAGAAUAAAUCCAGUGGACAUGUAUUGUCUUGCGUUUUGUAAUAAACCUUUCAAAGAAG